GCCCUGCAUCCCCAAGCACCUCACACACAGCUCAUACAGUCACACACACUCAAACCCUCCUCCAGCCCCACCACCUCCACCAUGGCAGCCUCCACCCUGUCCGUCUGCUCCAGCGACCUGAGCUAUGACUGCCCAGAGAGCUGCUGCGAGCCCCCCUGCUGUGCCCCCAGCUGCUGUGCCCCGGCCCCCCGCCUGACCCUCCUCUGCGCCCCAGUGAGCUGUGAGUCCAGGCCCUGCUGCCAGCCCUCCUGCUGCACCUCCUCUCCCUGCCAGCAGGCCUGCUGUGAGCCUGUCUGCUGCACACCUGUCUGCUGCACGCCUGUCUGCUGCACGCCUGUCUGCUGUGAGGCUUCCCCAUGUUCAACCUCCCCAUGUUGCCAGCUGCCUAGCUGCCAGUCCUCCUGUUGUACCUCCUCGCCGUGCCAGCAGGCCUGCUGCGAGCCCAUCUGCUGCAGGCCUGUCUGCUGCACCCCUGUCUGCUGCAGGCCUGUCUGCUGCAGGCCUGUCUGCUGCACACCUGUCUGCUGCAGGCCCGUGUGCUGUGAGGCCUCCCCCUGCUCAGCCCCCUCAUCCUGCUGCAGACCCUCCACCUCUGUGUCCCUCCUCUGCCGCCCCAUGUGCCGCCCCGCCUGCUGUGUGCCCAGGUCCUCCUGCCAGCCCAGCUGCUGCCGCCCGGCCUCCUCCGUGUCCCUCCUCUGCAGGCCCACAUGCUCCCGCCCGGCCUGCUGCAUCCCAACCUCGGCCCCAGAGCCCUGCUUCUGACCUGGCAUGUGUCCCCAGAGCCAGCCGAGCACAGGUUCCACCUGUGACUUGGUCCUCUGUCCUGAUCUGGGCUGGUUGGUUUCCCUCACUCAGGACAGGGUCCCUGAUGUGCCCUCUGUCCUGACUGACUGACCUCUCACUCCUGCCCCAGGAACCCUGACCUCAUGGCUCCCUGGGGCUUCUGCAUCCCAGGUGUUGCCUCCAGCUGUCUCUGGGUCACCUGCCCCCCUACCCCUCCAGAUCCUCUAGCUGGGUCACUUGGCCUGGACUUCCAACCAGUCAGCGCCCCCUCAGGCACCUGGAUAAAUAAACACACGUCAUUACCUAAUCUGCUCCGUUCCUGUGGUUCUCUGGUGCGAUGGGUGCAGGGGUGGAAGGAAGCACACGAUUGUGACCUGACACUAGUCUCCUCCAGCCGAGAGCA